AUGGACGCCGUCGACGAUGCACCCGGACUGGGUGUGCGCUUGAGGCAGUCGUUUGUGCGAUGCCUCCAAGCAUUUAAACGCAUUGAUUUGAAUCCCGAGACCGCAUUCAAGCGCAGACGCCCGCCACCCGCACCACGCCGCGUUUUGGUCAACCUGCCGCUUCCCGAAGAGGCCCUGGAUGCUCGUGGACGUGUGAUUUCGGCCAAGUAUACCAUCUACAACUUUGUUUUCAAGAACCUACUCGAGCAGUUCCGCCGUGUAGCGAAUAUUUUUUUCUUGGUGCUUGUAAUCUUGCAGUUCUUCCCGCAAUUCACCACGAUCAGCCCAGGUGUCGCUAUGCUUCCACUGCUGAUCGUGCUCUUUAUUACCAUGGUCAAAGACGGGUACGAGGACGUCAAGCGUCACCAGUCGGACCACGCUGUGAACCACCAGCGUGCGCGCGUACUCGCCGGUCAGGCAUUCAAGAACCAUAAUAGGACUGAGCUCAAGUCACGCAGCCUGCAGAUGGUCAUGCAAACAUGGAAGCGGUACCUGAUCCCGGCGUCGAUGCGGAAACGCUUUGGCCCGAAAAAGUCCGCUGUGCCGAUCGACGAGAUGAACGACCAUUCGAUACACGAGCCGAUACCGCGUACUUUUUCGCCAAGACCCAUGUCACCGCCGCUCAUGUCACCCAUUUUGGAGAACGACCCCGACGGGAUCAUGCCGUCGGAGCCGCUGCCUGGCGGGCACACGGAUGCAGUGCGCCCCAGCCACUCACAAAUGCGCCCAACAACGCCCCACUCUACCAUCAGUGAGGCAGCGCGGCCGCGCACACCGCAGCCGCGGGACAGCUUCAUGUCCGAGCGUAGCGGACAUCAUAUGUCGCGCUUGCGUUGGAAGUCGCGCCACUGGGAGGACGUUCAUGUGGGUGAUAUUGUCAAGCUUCAUAUCAACGACCCGGUUCCGGCAGACAUGCUGAUUUGUGCAACGAGCGAAGAGGACGGCAGCUGCUACGUCGAGACCAAGAACCUGGACGGUGAGAUCAAUUUGAAGAGCCGCUUUGCAGUGCCGGAACUGGCGGAUAUGCGCACAGAGGAGAGCUGUAUUGAGCGUCAGUUUGAUGUGCAAGUCGAGGCGCAGCACACGGACAUGUACCAUUUUAAUGCGCGUGUAAAUUUGCACGAUUCGGUCGACGAGAAUGGCGAGUCGGUGACAUGUCCCGUAACGCUCAACCAGGUGCUGCUGCGUGGGUGCACCUUGCGCAACACGGACUGGGUGGUUGGUGUCGUGCUCAUGACGGGUGUCGACUCGAAGAUUGUGCUCAACUCGGGCGAUACGCCAAGUAAGCGUAGCCGCAUGGAGUUCCUUAUGAACAAGAUGGUGUAUGUGAACUUGGCCAUUAUUGGUAUUAUGGCCGUCGUCUGUGCUAUUGCCGACUCGCAGCUGGAGAAGCAUUACUUUUCGCGCAACGCAUACUGGGAAUACUUGGCGACUCAAAAUGACGACAAUCCGAGCUUGAAUGGACUCGUCGCAUUUGCCAAUUCGCUCAUUACCUUCCAAAACAUUGUCCCUAUCGCUUUGUACAUCUCGUUUGAGGUCGUGCGCACCAUUCAGGCUCUGUUCAUUUUUGAAGACCAUGAUAUGUACUACGAGAAGAACAGCCGCCGCACGACGGCCAAGUCAUGGAACUUGUCGGACGAGCUGGGCCAGAUCGAGUACAUUAUCAGCGACAAAACCGGCACGCUCACUCAGAACCUCAUGAUUUUCCGCCAGUGUGCAAUAGGCGGUAAUGUGUACAAAGGUGGCGGCGAAGCGCCACGAUUGAAGGAGGGCCGCCGUCACCUCACAGUACGCGCGUCCUUACCCGAUGUGCCGUCGUAUUACGACGACGACUUAACCCAACACAUCCACGACACCACAUUACCGGACCACGAAAUUAUCAACGACUUUUUCCACUGCCUUUCGUUGUGCCACACAGUGCAUGUUACGCACACUGACGAGAAGAACGUGAUCCAGUACCGUGCCGAGUCACCUGAUGAACAGGCGCUCGUCCAGACGGCAGCCGAUAACGGCUAUGUGUAUUGUGGACGCCAUAUCAAUACGGUCGAGCUGCAAUUACCCAACUCGGAGCAGCGUGAGCGGUACGAAAUUCUGCAAGUGCUUGAGUUCUCGUCCGCGCGUAAGCGCAUGGCUGUUAUUCUCAAGGCGCAUGCCAAUGGCAAGAUUAUCAUGUACGCCAAGGGUGCCGAUGCAAUGAUAUACUCGCGCCUUGCAGCUGGCCAGGACGAGGCAAUCCAGUCAACCGACAAGGCCCUAGAGCAGUUUGCGAGCCAGGGUCUGCGCACAUUGUGCAUGGCGAAGAAGGAGCUGGAUUCCGCCUGGUACAAGGAAUGGGCGCGUAAGUACCAACAGGCAGCCGUCUCGACGGAGAACCGUGAGGAGCAAAUGGAAGUGCUGGCCAGCGAGAUUGAGCAGGAAUACAUACUCCUAGGUGCUACGGCCAUUGAGGACCGGCUCCAGGACGGUGUGCCGGAGACGAUUGCGGAUUUGAAGCGCGCGGGUAUCAAUAUCUGGGUGGCUACCGGUGACAAGCUUGAGACGGCCAUUGCCAUUGGCUACAGCACGAUGCUUUUGUCGCCUGACAUGAACCUCGUCGUCGUCCGGGGUGGUGAAUACGGCACGCCGAACUCUGCCUAUGCUCAGCUAGAGCAUGCGCUGGAACGCUUCUUUGGCGGUGUUGAUGAGUCGGCGAUGACGCACCCACCGCCGCCGGUGACGACGGAUGCAGCUGACCCAGGGAACCGUACCAUGAAGAGCAUCACCUCGCUUGUGGGACAGGACAAUGGUACGCGCCCUGGCGGCUAUGCGCUGGUCAUUGACGGGCAUGCCCUGGGCUACGCGCUCGAAGAGCCACACAGCCGCGAGUUACUGCUAAUGGUGGCCCAGCACUGCCGAGCUGUGGUGUGCUGUCGGGUUAGUCCGCUGCAAAAGGCGCUGAUUGUAAACCUGGUGCGCGAUGGGCUCAAGGGUCUCACGCUGGCCAUUGGUGAUGGUGCGAACGACGUGUCGAUGAUUCAAGCGGCACAUGUCGGUGUCGGUGUGGCCGGUGAAGAGGGUCUGCAGGCGGUCAACUCGUCGGACUAUGCUAUCGGCCAAUUCCGCUUCCUGAAACGCCUGCUGUUGGUGCAUGGUCACUGGUCGUACUACCGCAACAGCAAGAUGGUCAAUGUAUUCUUCUACAAGCAGAUGGUGCACACGGGCACACUGUUCUGGUUCCAGAUCUACUGUGCGUGGUCGACGUCUCAAGCUAUCGAUUAUGUGUACUUGCUGCUGUAUAACGCCAUUUGGACCGUCUCAGCUGUUGUUGGCAUUGGUAUCUUUGACCGCAAUUUGUCUGACCACGUGUUGAUGCAGGUGCCUGAGCUGUACAAGAGCUCUCGCGAAGGACGGUACUUUAGCAUGUGGAAGUUCACGGUGUACAUGGCGGAUGGUGUGGUACAGUCGGUGAUAUUGUUCUUCUUUGUCAUGUACUACUAUGACACAACGACGCCGCGCCAGGACGGAUACGAUAUUGACCUCUAUGAGCCUACCUCGGGCAUGGUGCUCGCCACAGUGUUGGCAGCCAACCUGUAUGCGGGUAUUGAGUCUCUUUCGUGGACGUGGUGGAUCUUUGGUGUCGUGUGGAUUCCGACACUGUUGAUGUUUGUGUUCGAGCCGAUUUAUGCGGCUUUCCCGCCGGACACGAUCUGGACAUACUCGUGGGGCAACAACUACUUGCUGUACCGCUCUGCCCAGUUCUGGCUUAUGGGCAUUAUCACUGUGUUUCUGUCGCUCCUUCCACGUCUUUUGUAUGAAUACCUCCGCCUCCUUUUCUUCCCCACUGACGUGGAUAUCAUGCGGUAUAUCGACACACGUGAGCCGUCGCACGACUACAAGAAUGACCCACGCAUGCCUGGUCUACGGACAGCGCACGCGUAUGAUGCGGAACCGGAGGCCGAUAUCUCGCGCGGCCCGAUGAAUGAUACCUACCCAUUGAUGCCGACGUCCAGCCGCACGAGCAGCAUCUACUAUGAUAUGAACACAGGCCAGCAGUCGCUUUACCGAGGUUACUCGUUCUCGGCCUCCGAUGCACCCACGGCACGGCCGCGUGGCAUGGUGCGACGCCUCAAGCGCUUGCUUCGUCCGCGGCGCCACCACGAGUCAGAGCAGGAUAUGCCGUACAUGCGUGCGCGCGACAGUGCGAUGGCAGUUCCGUUGUCCAGCGGCCCAGAUACAGAGGUUGAGACCGAGGAACUGAAGCGCGAGUCAUUUGUUGAUGAGUCUGUGAUACCGGAUCAGACCCACGACUCGGACCAUUCCCGCUACGAGACGGCUGCGGCGGCACCCGUUACUUCACUGCCCGAGCGCACUCAAGACACGCGCAUUGAGCCGCCCUUGUUUAUGCCUAAUUCCUCGUCGCAUCCCACUGUAUCGGACGCAUUUUUCACUGCCCUGGACCACCAGAACAACGUUUCGUCCAAUUCAGGACGCGCUUUGUAG